GUGUCCGGUUCUACAUGCCGGACCGGUUUCAUGUCUCCACGACAGUUAACAUAGAGUUUAACUGUAGGUGCUAUAUUUUUUUUAAUUAAAAAACGACACAAUUUUGUGUAAACUUGGAAUAGGAAAAGGCUUUUCAAAUGUUUUCAUGAUUUCGGACUACAUUAAAAAUCUGCAAGAGGAAGACAAACAUCAACUCUGACCGACGGCUGUUUUCAAAAUAGUUUUAAGAACAUGGGAACAGCAUGAUCGGAGCAUCCAGUCUCUCGGGUCACACCUUGAUAGCGUGCCACUUCCCCGUGGUGCAACUUCCCACUUGGCAACUUCCGGUCCAAACCCUGUGCAGCUCAGCCAAGAGGCCCAGUCGGCUGUGCUCAUCGGGUCUGACCCGGGCAGUGUCCCUCCCAGAGCAGGACACGCUCGCCGGAGAACAUUGCUUCACGGGUGGACGGAGACCUUUUUCCAGCAGCUACAGUAGUCUCCGUGAGGAUCGGGUGGAGGAGGAGGGGAGCAGUGACAGCAGCGGGAGGUACAACUCCAACUCAUCGCCGGAAGACACAGGCUGCAGCACCAAGGCGGAAAGCUGUGGAGCUGGAACCACCCUGCGCUUGCACAACUCGUUCCUUCCCAAUCCAGAGCUGGAUGAGGAAGAGGAUGAUGGGGACAGUGAUGGAGAUAAUCUCCACAAAUAUUGCGAAGAUUCAUCUUUUGUGUUGCAUGGAAACUCAAACUGGUCGCUAAAUAAUGGUGGUACUGACACAUUGCUCCAUGAGGACCUGGACAGUGAAUGGAUCAAUGAAGGGUUAAUCCUGGGACUGGGAAGGGACCAAGACUGGCUGUCUAACCAGAUGGAUUCACUGCAGCCAAGAUGCCAGGGCUGUCCUGUCAGCAGAUCUGGCAUCACUCUUCUGUCUUGUUUGGAGCGGGACUCACAGAGACUACAGGAAAACAUCUACAGGGAGCACAAAUGUUCCCCAGAGCUGCUGACCAACAUUCACACAGAAGAUGGCAGUGACUCAUCCUGUAACAGCUCUGACGGCAUCCUAGUUAACUUUUCCACCAUCUACAACAAAAGCAACAAUCCUGCCACACCUCAGGAUUUCAGCAGUCCUGCUGCUGACCCUUGUCAGUCGUCGGAGGGGUCGGUGUUCCUUAAUCUCCAACCUGUUGCUCAACAGGCCCAGAUAGUAGAAGCUGUCCCGACACAAUCUGGCCUAGAUUCAAACUGCAACCUUUACUCCUUGGAGCCGGUGGCUCCUUGUCUCUCUUCUUUGGAGGUUACAGACCUGGCGGCAUGUAUCCAAAACCAGGACACGCUGGCCAUGGGGACAAACCAGAAGUACUACAAGCUUGUAACCUGUGACCUCUCAUCCCACUCGCCAAGCCCGGCCUGGUUGAGCCUCACCAGCUGUCUUGAAGGGCCUGACAGAAGUAGUAGCAUUCUGCCAUCUCUUGACUCUAAAGAGGAAGGAACAUCCAAAGAAAACAUGGAGGCAAGCGAUCACCAGGUUGCCACCACCUCCACUGACGUAGCCCCCUGCAGAAAGCAACAUUUACAGGGCACCCAGAGCUUCUGCCACACGCCUUGUUCACUGUGCCACAGCCAGAGUAGCCCACAUAGUAGUAAAUACCAAGAAACAGGAGCUGAAUCCACCCAGCCAUCUGUGAUUCAGGACCGAGAGUACAAUGAUGCAGAUGCUACUGAAAUGGGUGUUUGGUCCUUUGACACUGAGGUGGUGCGCCACAGUAAGCUACGAAGGCCAACCUCUUUGCCCAUCCAGCCCUUUGUUCUGCUCUCCAUAGAAAAGCCACAGUUCCUGCCUCAACAACAACACCUAGGAAGCCUGCUUGAGCAGUACCAAAAUCAAAAGAGCAGCAAGCCUGCUAACUCCCAAAACAGCCUCAAGUUCAAGGAGAAACGAAGCCAGUGUUUAUCCGAACUGCAGUCAUCACCAAUGGAGAGUCAAUGCCCAAUAUUUUUGGAGGCUGCUUCUAGUUCUGAUACCUGCUCCACCUGCACCCCGAGUCCAAAAUGUUUCAGCAGCAGACACAUGUGGAGUCAAAGGUCCCAAAGCACAUCACAUGAGACUAGUCUACAGGCCAUAGUUGAGUCUCAAGAAAAAACAAGCUUACACUCUGGCCCAACGAACAAUGAACCCAACCUUGUUAGGAUUCCCAUCUAUCAGGACCUUACUCUCCAAUCAGAACCAAACAGAGUCACUCCUGAACCCAAAAAUACUAAUGAGACCUCGGAAAACAAUGCUUUCUAUUCAGAACCCUCUCAUAUGUUACACAUAACCCCUGAAAGCCAUGAUACGAACAUGCGAGUGUCCCUGUCACCUUCUAAAACGUCAAGACCACAGCUGAAGCUCCAGCAGGAUCAUCACCUCACUGCAGCAGCUCGCCUCUCCUCUUUAAGCUCCUUCCUCUCCUCAGGCCUGUGUCCCAAGCAAACCGGGGAGCCUGCGGGGCUCCGCCCAAAGCCAACACAGAGGCAGCCCAGCCAGUCUCUGAUCCUGAGCGACAGGCCGCCCACAGAGUUCUGCCUCUUGCUGGAUGCAUCAUAUGAGUCUAUGUCUAUCAGUCAUCUGCAGAGGAAAGGUUUGCUGAGAGCUGUGAGCAGUGCAGUGGAUUUGAUCAUGGCUCAUUUUGGAAGUAGCAGAGACCCAGAAGAAAAGAUGCGCCUGGGUAACAGCUCUUACAGUCCAACCAUAGCUGGCCUUGUCCUAGAACACUUGUGUCCUGCAAUUCAGAACAUCUUGGAGGACGGACUGAGGGACCACAAGCUGGAUUUCAUAAUCGGGCAGCGACGCAAUCAGUCCUGGACUGUGGUGGAGAUCUCCACAGGAAUAGGUCCAUCCACCAAGGUUCUUUACAGCCUCGUUUCCAAAAUUAAGCGGUCCCCCCAGCUCACCAGUCACUGUAUGAGGCUGAGAGCCUUCCUCAUGGGCCUUCUCAACUUGAGAGCUUUGGAAUUCUGGCUCAGUCACCUGCAGAGUCAAAAAGAUGUGGUUACCACUUACUACCAUCCCUGGGGGUUCCUGUUCAUGUCACUGAGUAGUUGUCAGCCCCUGUUCCAGGAGCUGCUCCUCCUCCUUCAGCCACUCUCAGUGCUGCCCUUUGACCUAAACCUGCUCUUGGAGCCGCGGCUGUUAUAUGACAGACAUCUGUGUUCGGAGGAGCACAACGCUCUCCCACCUCAGCCAUGCUCGGCCCUGCUCGUGACCAGCUGGCCAAAGCUGCAAGCCGACAGAAAGGUGGAAAAGAUCAGGCAAAACAGUCAAACACACCAGAGAGAAAAGAAGUUUCUCAGGUCUCAGAGUUUAAGUUGCUUCAAUCCGGAUUAUGGGGCCAUGCAAACUAACAGGAGUCCGUUUUUGGCUUCUGUUCCGGACUUACUGCCAAAGAAGUCAGAUUUUGUGCAUAGUGUAGCAAAAGCUGUGAACUUCAGCAUAGAUCAUAGAAGUACCUUGUUUCAAACCUGUGUGGAUGGCAGGAAGAAUGAGAGAGAAGUGGAAAAAGACUGUGGUGGCCAAAACACAACAACUUCUAUCCAGGGAGAGAGUCCCUCUCUGAGUGGCCUGCGGUGGGCCAAUCUGUUUGGAGCAGCUGGUACUUCUACCAAGGCAUGGAAAAGUUCCCAGCCUCACAAUGAAGCAACAAAACGAAGGCUACCAUCUCAGUGGCUACACUUGGACAGAUCGCAGAUUGGACGUUUGGCCCAGUCCAUUAGAUCCAUAAAGCUGGGAGGAGCUCAGACUGGCUCUGGGUGCUAAAAAACUGAACCCAAUGUGUGUCUGCGUGGGGCAGCCUCGAGACCAUUUACUACAAUAACAAAAAGUGUUAAUUGCUGAAAAACUCUCACAGAGCACAGCUACAAAUUUUAACUGUAACAAAAACUGCAACAAAAAAGCACAAAAGUUCAAGAGCAACACUGGUCAAUUUUAAUAAAAUGUUAUUCUUACCAGCAGUCUUAAACAGCAUUCAAAUGCUGUGAUAGAACGUUUACAUGUUUAUAUGCACAAUACAAAUAUCAAUCUCUUGCUGAAACUUAACUGUGAACUUGGAACAAUGUCCAUUAUUAACCUGGUGAUCAGAGGUUGUUUAAUAUUACAGAAAAAGAAUAAAAAACAAAAUUUAGCUUCACAGCUGAUACAGCAACCUUUGGCAUCUCCUGGUAAAUAUGUGAUAAAAGUCUUGAAAUAAACAAAAAACAAACCUUUAAUGUAACUACAUUUAGUCAGUGGGGAAAAUAAUUCCUAUAAAAUAAAUUUUAAAAAAAGUGCUUUUUGAUUUUAUGUUGAUCAGAGUGUCUAGGAAAUUAAAUUUUGUAAUCAAUUUCCAUUUCCCCAAGGUAAUGAUAUAUGUUACAUAAGCACUUUUCUCUAAGUCACUUUUCAAAAUAGGAAAGACAAGAGAACCUGCCAUUCAAGAAGAGCUGAUGUGUGCCCACACCUACAGUCAGAGCAAUAAUUUAUGAAGUUUCAAACAACUGGAACUGUGACAAAAGAGGCUGAAUAAGGACUCAAGUUUAUGUGAAGAAGGGUGGUAAAAAAUGAUCACAAUGUCUCGAUAGCAACCAUUACCAGUUAUCUGAGAGUCUUUCAAGGGGAAAAAACCCUUUUCUUUACCAUAAUAAACAUGAAUGUGUGGAGUUGGUUGAUCGCUGCAGGGGCAAACACUCAUGGUGGGUCUGGCGUAAAACAAUGGAUGAAUAUGUGUAAAAGCAAAUCGUGUCAACCAAAUUAUGGUAGAGGACCCAUAAUACUGUGAAUCUUGUUAGACCACAUUGCAAUGUGGAAUCUUUAAAAUAACAGAACAUUUUAAAUAAAAUAAACGUAUAGGAGCUGCCAGAAAUCAAGCUUUUUUCAUUCCCUUGGCAGUCCUCAGAGGUAAAUCAUAUAGAAAACGUGGAGUGAGCUCAAGAGAAUGGGGCUGUUAGGGGGGACCCAGGUGGAGUGUUCAAAGAUCCUCCUCUCUGUAUGCUCAAACCUUAUAAAAUAUUAUGGGAGAAAACUAAAUGCUCUCCUGCUGUCAAAAUUUAAUUGUACAAAGUUUUAUCCCGAGGGGUGCCAAUUUUCUUUUUGCUCGGGAUGUCUGCCACUUAAGGUACUCAAUUUAAAGGUUGGAGCUUUUAAAACGUUUUAAUAUUCUUUUGCAAUAAAAUAGAUUUUUUUAAAGCUUUUGACACAUCCUACCCAGGGGAACCAAUAAAUGCGUAGAACAAAAAAACUUGACAGGUUAAGUGUACAACAUUAACUCUGAAUCACAGAAUAUGCUUACAGACAGGAACAUGUGGUUCAUUAUUAGUAGUGGUAUUCAAGUAUUGUUCCCUCACCUGGUGAAGUUUCUGAUCAUAUAGGAUGAAUAAAAAGUUUCUGCAUUCUGGAUAAUCAGGAUUUGGUGCUGAUAUUUCUCUUCUUUUUAUCCCUUGUGUUUCUAGCAUCAAUCCCCCUGCAUAGAUCACGUUUUCACUUUAAUAUUAGGUAAAAACAAAAAAACUAAAAAAAGAGUACUCUUAUUAGUGCCAUAAAUACCAAACACAGCAUCUUUUGUUCUAAUCAGUUUGCUUUCUCAUCAUCUUUCCAGCAUCGAUUUACUCUAGGCGCACAAACUAAGAAACAUGCAAUAGGUGCUCCUGACCUAACUUGACCUCCAAACUUAGUUGUACAGUUGGUUUUGAAAAUGUUCUGUUUGUUUCACUCGUUUGGCUGUACAAGUACACGCCCCCUGCUCCCUGUUUCAGGCAUUACCUGUGUGUCAGGUAUGUUUCAACGGACUGCUUGUGAAGGAAAAUGUGUUUUUCGCAUUUUGUGAAUUAAGAAUUUGCAAUGAAUUGCAAUAAGAGUGAAAAUCUGUUUCACGUUUUCUUCUUUUUCACAUUUCACAUUCACCUCAUCCAAUGCCCUGUCUCAAUGAGUCGCUCUCAGUAAAGACCUAAAACACUUUUA